AAUGAAUAAAAUUUUAUUAAUUGCUCUUCUUUUAUUAUGUAUCUCUGGAAGGAGAUUCCAUAAACAAGAUGAAGAAAAUGUACUAGGAUAAAAUAGUGAAGAAGAAUAAUCAUAGUCCUAAAAUGGAGAAGAUUAAUAAAGUGAAGAAGAAAACAGUUAGCCAGCUGAUGACUGGCCUACAGGUGAGGAUGAUGGUGAGCAUUAAUGGACAAGUGAGGAGGAGGAAAAUGGUGGAGAAGGUGAAGACUAAGGAGAAGGUGAAGGUGAAGGUGAAGGUGAAGGUGAAGGUGAAGGUGAAGGUGAAGGUGAAGACUAAGGAGAAGGUGAAGACUAAGGAGAAGGUGAAGACUAAGGAGAAGGUGAAAGUGAAGGAGAAGGUGAAGGUGAAGGUGAAGGUGAAGAUUAAGGAGAAGGUGAAGAUUAAGGAGAAGGUGAAGACCAAGGAGAAGGAGAAGACCAAGGUGAAGAUUAAGGUGAAGGAGAUAAUGGAGAUAAUAGUGAAAAUGGAGACAAUGGAGACAAUGGUGACAAUGGAAAUGAAAAUAGAAAGUAGAGAGGAGUCCAUAAAAAAUAAUAUUAAAACUUUAGAGGAAGACCUUGAAU